AUCAGAAUAGAACUUGAGUUGAAAACAGCAACAUACAGUUUAGUUUUCUAAAAACUUUAAACAGACCUUCCCUUUAAAAAAUGAAAUUCGCUAUUGUUACCUUCUUCACUUUGGCCUUGGCUUUGGGCGUUCAAUCAUCUAUUAUUCCUUGGGGUGGUGUAGUGACUCAAGUUGCUGGUCCUCUUGGCGGAAUUGUAUCUCCCCUUGGUUUGCCUUGGGGUGGUUCUGUUGUAGUUGGUCCAGCUGGUAUUCCAGCAGCUGUGUCCGUGCAGGGACCCGGUCCUAUUCCCAUUGCUGUUCAUACUGCCGUUCCCGCAGCUGUGCCCGCUGUUGUUGGAGGUGCCGCUAGUUAUGUUGCUAAAACUCGUGGUGCUGUUCACACCGCUCCCUUGGCUGGUCACGUAAACUCGGUAGCCAAUGUUAAUGUAGCUCCUGCCCCCGGUACCCUCUAAGCAAAUGAUUUUAAUGAAACUAAGGUAGUCAAUAUAUUUAUUUUGGUUCUCGUACUUGAAAGAAAAAACUGUCGAUGUGGUGCUAUAAGGUUUUAACACAAAACCUUAACAAUUUACUUUAAGAUAUUACUUUGUUAUUAAAAAUAAAAAAAUUUUUUAGAUGUUAUUUCUUUGCUCAGUUGUCAAUAAAUUAUGACGUAAAAUGAA